CGAGCGAGGGAGUGUGGAGUUGAGCAGCUCAGCGGAGGGACGCGGACUGGGCUCGGGAAGGGGGAGAGCAGCCGGGGCUGAGCAGGAAGGGGGCUGGCGUGGAAAGAAGUGUGGGAGAGGUCCUGAAGACUGGAGCCUGUCAGCGGUGGGGAGACCCUGGGAAGUGCCCAGGAGCUGCUCCUCCUUUCCCCCCUCUGCUACCCACCGGUUCCAAGCGGGCUUGCCGCUCCUUCGUAAGGUCAUCUGGCUUUUUGGAGAAAAGGUGUCCGCUUUGGAAAAGCAGACUUCUAAGAAAACCUUAAAAGGAGAGUUUUUAAGCAGUCAGCUGGUUUGAUCAGAUUCUCACAGACUGUACAGCUUCCUAAGUAAAUAAACUCCUUACCUGAAGGUGAAAUUAUGAUGCUGGAAACAAGAUUUUCUACAUAUGUACCUGAACAAGCACGUGUUUUGCUAAGAAAAGUCUUUUUAAACUUACUAACCCUUGUGUUGUACUAAACCUGUAAUAAGUCAGACAGGUCUGUAUUCAUUCCUCUAGAAUUUGGAUGGGACCACACCAGAAACUUUUUUUUUCCCUAAAGAAGUAGGGGAGAUGUGGGCAUGCCUGUAUUUUUCCACCUGAAGCCUGUUUGGUUUCCUUGACACAGAGGCUCCUGCUCAGUAAAAGAGCAGUGAACUCUGGAAAAUGCUGAAGAAGCUCUAGGGAUGAAGCACGUUUCUUGAUAAAAGUAAGUGGCACUGGCCACUCAGUUGAGUUAAGGAAAAUCUGUGCUGAUGGAAAGGUUUUAAAUCCUGCUUUUCAAAUCUAGGGUUCUGGGAGGAGGGAUCCAGAAGGUGGGGUUAAGUAGUAGUGGGUUGGGAGUUUGACAGGUGCAAAGCACAACUGCAAAGCUGGGGUUCGGGCACAAGAUGAACUUGGUUCUGAAGCCGUGUCGGGAAGAUUCGGAGGCCAUUCUCCAUGGGGAGUUUGGAGCCUAUCCCCCUAAGGGGGUCACCUAUGCCCUGAGCCUCACACGGACUGAGCUGCAUAUCCAGCGCCUGGUACCCAAGCCGGACACCGAUCAGCGGACCGUGAUACAGCUGAUAGAUGUGGUGGGUUGCCACACGCUGCGCAGUCAUACGGUAACAAACCAGUCCGCGUUCUUCUGCAUCUAUGCCUACCCGCUGAAGAGAAAAAAGGUGGCGGUGGGCUCAGGACGGGCCCGGCAGCGGAUUGCAAGGACCUUUCAGGUGGAUGGUGCAGAGCACUACAAGGACAACCAGGCUGUGGCGGAAAAAUGGGCGACUGCCAUCAAGUGCCUAGUGCUGGGGAUUCCAAUUUCGAGUGAAACAGAGAUUAGCUGUAAUCUUCUGCCACGUUCACGUCGCCUGCUCCUCUUGCUCAACCCUUUUGGAGGCAAGGGUAACGCAUUGCAGUGGUGUCAGAAUCAUAUCCUUCCCAUGAUUACAGAGGCCGAUGUCAGCUUCAACUUGAUCCAAACAGAGAGACAGAACCACGCCCGGGAGCUGGUGCAGAGCAUUUCCUUAGAUGAAUGGGAUGGUAUUGUGGUCAUUUCAGGAGAUGGACUUCUUCAUGAGGUUAUUAACGGUUUGAUGGAACGUCCUGACUGGGAGGAAGCAGUUAAAAUCCCUCUUGGGAUUCUUCCCUGCGGGUCUGGGAAUGCAGUGGCAGCCGCUAUUAAUUGUAGUGCUGGGUUUGAGCAGGUCUUGGGACAGGAGCUGCUGACAAACUGCACCCUUCUGCUGUGCCAUGGGGCAGUUUCCCCCUUGGACCUGGUCUCCAUCACCACCGCAUCAGGCACCCGUGUCUUCUCCUUCCUGAGUGUUGCUUGGGGCUUCAUUUCAGAUGUGGACAUUGAAAGUGAGAAGUACCGGCACAUGGGCCCGGCCCGGUUCACUGUGGGAACAGUGGUUCGCCUGGUUUCCCUCAACACUUACCGGGGGCGGCUCUCCUACUUGCCCGCUCCUGAUUGUGCAGCUCAUCGGCCUAUUUUGCGCAGCAUCACCGUAGCAGCUAAUGGGAGCCUUCCCUUCCAACAUCUGCCCCUCCACCGCACUGUCUCUGAUAUGGGCCUUUGCGAGGAACGCCAGGCCUUCUGCUUUCAUGAGAUGGAGUCAGCUGAAGAGCCCACCCCUUCACCCAGCUCCCCAUCUUCUUCUUCCAGCUUCCAUGCAUCCAGCUUCAGUUUUGAAACCCUGUCAGAAGUGGUGGUAGACAAGAGGCCCCAGCACACAGAUCUGCCCAAAGUUCUGCCAAACAGGUUGCCUUCUGCCCAGCAAAUGCAUGGCCCUCUGGAUGAUUUCCUGGCCCCACUUGAACAACCAGUGCCCAAGUCCUGGGUGACUGUGGAGGACGAUUUUGUGCUGGUGCUGGCCAUUUACCAGACUCACUUAGGGGCAGACCUCUUCACCAUGCCCACUGCUUGCUUUAAUGAUGGCCUCAUCCAUCUUUGCUUUGUCAAGGCAGGCAUCUCCCGGGCAGCCUUGAUUCGCCUCUUCUUAGCCAUGGAGAAAGGCACUCAUUUUGAGCAGGAGAGUCCUUAUUGCGUGCACCUCCCUGUCCGAGCUUUCCGCAUAGAGCCUCUCACUCAGAAGGGAAUCAUCACCAUUGAUGGGGAACGGGUGGAAUAUGGACCCAUCCAAGGACAGAUUCACCACGGAAUUGCCAACUUAGUUACUGGGAUCAACCAGUCUAAGUUGACUACACUCUGACAGGGUUUGUGUUAAUUCUCUUGCAAAGACUAACAGUUCUAAUUUAACUUGUGUUUCCUUCUCUCUGUUCUCCAGCCACUAGAGGGCAAGCUGCUUAAAAUGACUCAUUACCCUUCUAGCGUUUGAGGGCACACAUCAUAUAUCCUAUUAAUGGUUUUCCAUCAAUCAGAAGCCACCUGGCUACCAGUCUUUGGGUGUGAGUGAGGUGGAACACAAAUGUAGUGCUCUUAUAUGCAUUUUUCAUACCUGGAUUAUUUACCUGGGGCUCCCAUCAUUCUACCCAGCACUUCUUUCUGUCAUACUUGUCCAGCCAUAAGUUAGCUCUUCCUCUAGGGCUUACAGGCACCUUGGCAAUAGCCUUUCUCACUAUUGGGGGUUGGAGACAGCAGCAAAGUGAGCAGCCAUCUAUCCAUCCUAUAUUUUUGCCAGACCCUUACAAAUCCUGGUUUAUUUGAAGCUGUAGGGACAGGAUGGUGGUGUAGCUCAAGAAGUCAAGGAAAAAUUGAACACUAAUAUUCCAACUGUCCUUCAACCCUGGAAACUGAAAUUAGUCUGUUUUUUCAAUACUGCUUUAAAACUAGACUUUGCAUUUAAGCAAAACUGUAUGUUCCAUUGGUGAAAUGGGAUUCCUCUGUCCUCUUUCUCCAAGAGGCCAGUCUCCCAUUCCACGUUCUCACCCAUUUUUUGCUCACAUUUCAUAAGAGCUAAAGGAUGGGGACUGAGCAAGACAGACUCAUGUACAGGCCCCUACGGUUCCACUCUUGAUAUGUUACCUAUCCUUAUAAACUGGAAUUGGGAAACUUAUGUCCCUUCAAAUAUUGCUGGACUACAAAACCCAUCCCUGAUUGCUGGUCAUGUGGGCUGGGGCAAAUGAGAGUUGAACAAUAUUUGAAGACCACACGUUUCCCCUGGCUCCUCAGUUGAAAUACAGGGUGAAUGCCUCUGAAACUGGACAUUGAAUGUACCAGGUAACUUGCUAAGUGUGUUGGAGUGUUUUGUCUCUGUUUUGUUAAGAUACAUAAUUAAGGCCGAUUGCUAUAUCUUCCCUCCUGGCUUACAGGGAGUUGCGUUUGGGUUGUUCUGCCAUUCUUCCUCUCCAUGGAUGACCAAGGCCAUAUAAGGGAAGGAAGGGGACCAUGUUUUCUGCAACCUACAGCCAUUCAUUUCUAACCAGCUUAUGGUAUGCUAGAGGGAGCUGGGAGUAUCAUCUCCCCUUCGUAUCAUGACUUUGAAUGUGUAGGAAUACACUGGAUGAAUGUAACUGGAUUUUUCUUGUGGGAAGAAUUGUGCUACGGUGAUUAUUUUUUUCCCCUCCCCACCAUGUGGGGGCUAAUAAGCAAUUAAAUGAUCAAAAACUGUAAUAGAUAUGUGUCUGUAUAUGAAACAAAGCUUAUAAUACAUGUUCUCCCUCCCUCCCUCUCUCUCUCUCUCUCUGUCAUAACUAAUUUCAAACCAGGAGACCAAGUUGGUUAACAUCUCCCUUGUCACACUUUUCCCAAGUUCAUAAAGUGAUAAUCCAUACAGCAAGUAAUUGCUUAGACUGGAUCUC